GCAAUGGGUUGCGUUGCAUCUCGAGCUGGGCUCGCGCUGCCUGUUCAUGGACCAGUGCGUGGCGCCGCCGACCGUGAACCUGUUCGCGAUGAAGCCGAUUGUGUACCUGUUCGCGAACUUGUUCGUAAGCCUGCUCGUGACCAUGGUGUUCGUGUUCAGCCUAUUGGCGAUCGCGUGGCGCCCAGUGAUCCUCGUGUCGAGCCUCAUGGUGUUCGUCACUAUGAACCUGGUGAGGCUAGUCAUCAGCGUACUGGCGGCCUUCAUGGUGGGGCCGUUCGUGAAAAUGUUCGCGGUGCCGUCGCUCGUGCAUUUGUUCGGGAAGAAGCCGUUCAUGUAUCUGGUCGCGGGCAUGGUUGAGAGCAUUUUCGAGAACACGUUCACAAAACGGUUGUUGGAGCUGACGUCGUUCCUGUACCUGAUCGUGCAUCUGGUAUUGCGCUCGGUCGCGAGGCUGCCGUUCGUGCACCUGUUCGCGAUUCAGGGGCUGUUCAGGUACUGGCCGACGAUUGGGGUCAUUGUGCCGAGGGUGUUGUUUGUUGUGCGCAGCCCGGGGGCCCGUGGGUGGAGCCUGGUGAGUUUCGCGGUGAACAUGCUGAGCUUCGGGCCGAUCCAACUUGUGAUCUACGUGGUGGACAUCCUGUUCGUGAUGAGGAGGUUCGUGAACGUGUUCGGAAUGCUGCCGUUCGUGAACCUGUUCGUCACGACGCCUUUCAG